AUGACCGACAAGGUUGGGGUGGUCGCUCCGCCCCCUGGGGUGACGGCCGAUUUCGACUAUUCUCAUCCUUGGAAAUUCAAGUCGGCCUUGAUCAUUGUUGCCGUCGGUCUGACUUUAAGCACCCUUUUUCUGGCUAUGCGGAUUUGGACUAGAGUGCGGAUUUUGUCAAAAUUUGGAUGGGACGAUGGCGGUUAUAUCUAUGGCGGCUCUGGAAUUCAUCUAUGGAACGUGACAGAGCCAAUGUUUAACUACUUUCAAAAGAUUAUCCUCGUCGCAGCGGUCAUCUAUGUGCCUUGUCUGGCUUUCGCCAAAGUCGGUCUCAUUAUUCUUUAUCACCGUAUAAUGAACCGACAGCCCGGCUAUCUAUGGACACUUUAUAUCAUCUCGGCUAUCGUGUGUGGAUAUAGCAUAGCUAUCAUCUUUGCCUUGAUCUUUGCUUGCACCCCCAUUCAAAAGGGUUGGGACUCCUCAAUCACAACAGGACACUGCGUCAACCGUAGCGGUCUAUACAUUGCAACAGCCGCUCUCAACAUCGUAUCUGACCUGGCCCUCAUUGUGGUCCCAAUUCCUCUCGUCAUGGGCCUGCAGAUGCCCCGAGUUCAGAAGUACGGACUUAUGGCCAUGUUCAUCGUCGGUUGCGCUACAUUCAUCACGAGUAUCCUGCGCCUCCAAACCUUGAUUCCAUACCUCACAGCCACCGAUACUACAUACCAGAUUGCACCGCCGCAAAUGUGGAUUUAUAUCGAAGCAAAUCUGAUCAUUAUUUGCCCAUGUCUGCCCUUCCUCCGCCAAUUCUUACGACGCUACUCCCCCGCUUGGAUAGGAGAGGCCACCAGCUCUGGCCGACGAUAUUACAAGGACUACAGUACAGGCACUAGUAUUCCACGCAGUCGCCGGAAGCCAGGUCUUACUCAGCUUCAGGACGAGAUCGCCCUUGCUGAGAAUGCAGAGAGCACUCAUAGCCAAUCUUAUAUUGUCAAGGAGAUUCAGUGGCAAGUCACCGAAGAACGACUGGACUCGCAAACAGAACAGGAACCCGGUAUCGAACUAUUUCAAAGGAUUCCUAGGCAUAGUAAUGGGGAAGAAAGUCUCUGA